AUGGAGAGAAAGAAGAUAAAACCGAUGGAUGGGUAUCCGAUCGGUUACCGGUUUCGCCCGUCCGAGGACGACCUCUUCUUCCAUUACCUCGCGAAGAAGGUGGAAGGGCAAUCGGAGGCCAUUCCUCCAUUCAUGCCCGAGGUCGACAUUUACGGCGACGAAGAUCCUUGGGAGAUCUUCGACGCGAAUUCGAAGGAAAGUUUCUACGUCUUCACUAGGUUAAAGAUGAUCAAGUCCAGGGUGAAGAGGACUGCCGGUUCCGGGACUUGGAGCAAUGGGAAUAAGCGAGAAAUCGUGGACGAUCGAGGCUACACCGUCGGUUACAACAAGCUGUUCACUUUUAAGUCGUCGACCGGAAGCGAGAAGACGAAGAACGGACAUUGGACCAUGCACGAGUACUCUAUGAAGGGUCAAGAGUUGGUCGUGUGUGCAAUCACAAACCUCGAAAUGGCGGAGAAAAAAGGUUCGGACGUGAUCACGAUCGGAUCGACUGAAGAACAUCGCCGAGGGAAAAAGGUAAAAAUAAUGGAAGAUUAUAUUUCCCCUCAACAUUCAUCCGUCGUUUCCGGAGCCUGUAGUUUGAAGCCACCAAUCGUGAAUUUAGCAUUGUGCGAUUAUCCCGUCCACUUCGACAACGCCGCACAUCGUCAAAUGUCGUACGCACCGCCAAUGCCUAUAUCUGUGGUUAGUAGUACCCCAUCGAACCAAAUCCGGAAUGAGCCGAUGCGUCAACCACCGAACGAGGUCAUUUGUCAAGAUUAUCCGGGGACGCCGUAUGUGAUAACCUUUGAAGGAAGCACGGCAAAGGUACAUGCGUCUCCGUCUUCAUCAAUCCAAGCUGCUGAUGCUCAAGACAAUAAUCAUGACGGCAUCGGCGAUAAAGAUGAUCCGACGAUGCAUUACGAGAUAACCUUCGAAGAAAACGCAACAGAGGUCGAUGUGCCUCCAUCUUCAUCGACACAAGCUGCCGAUGCUCGAGACGAUAACAUUAACGAUGCUGGUUUUUAUGGCUCGCCUCUGAUGCCGGCGGUGGGGGCAUCAACUCCCGCACAACCAUGGGCGACCGGACCAGAAUUAGCAUUGUCCGAUCUAUAUGAUGAAUUGGAAAAGCUUUUAACAUACUGA